GAGGAGGAGGGCGGGGGAGGGGGGGCAGCCAGCGAGCACAGCGAGUGAGAGAGUGAGUGAGGGAGAGGAAAAGGGCACGUAGAGCAUGAGCGAGUGAAAGGGUGAGAUAAGCGGAGAAAGCAGCAUCUCUUGAGUACAUUCAGCUCGCAGCAGCACAGCAGGCAGGAAGGCAGAGUGGAGGGGGGAGAGCACCAGCACCUCACCAAAGGGGGCGACACCACACCUCUAUCUCCUUCUCUCUCUCUCUCUCUCAGACACACACUUUCACACGUCACACACGCACAUUUGUGAGGAGGCGUGAGGCUCAGCAGGAAGAACACCACAUACACGCGUGCUGUUUCGCUGGCUUAGCUGCACUUUGGAGAGCUGUCUCUUGAAGACUGGACCAGAGCUGUAUCCAUCGCUUCAUCCAUCCUUUCCUUCCGCAGAGGCAGCUCUCGGACACGCAUCCCUCGAUCAUUUGGACUGACUUGCUUUCUGUCACUCAUCCGACCGCUGAUCAAGCCUGCCUCUGCUUUCACCCCGUUCAGACCUAAAAUCAGAGGAGAAACUAACUGACCGACUGAGGGACCCACCUUUCGAUCGCAGUCAUGAACUUCCUCAGACGCCGUCUCUCUGACAGCAGCUUCAUGUCCAACCUUCCCAAUGGCUACAUGACAGACCUCCAGAGGCCUGACCCACCUGCUCCUCCUCCCCCCACUGCCUCCUCCCCUUCCCAGCAGGGUGCAGCGCCGGCUCCUGCCCCGUCCCCAACCAAAGCUCCAGGACCGACCCAGGUGCCGGCCAGCUCUCCUGCAGCUCAGGAGCGGCGCCCUAGCCAGCAGGCUCAGCAGCCUCAACAGGCCCAGUCCUCCACCAGUGGUUCCUCUGGCUUCUUCAGCUCCUUCAGCUCCAUCACCAAUGUGGUCAAACAGACAGCCGCAUCUGCUGCUGGCUUUGUGGAGCAGUCGGCUCCCUCUCCAUCCCUCUCCAAGAAGUUCAAGAUUCUGUUGGUCAUUGAUGAGCCACAGCAUGAGUGGGGCAAAGUGUUUCGAGGAAAGAAGGUCCUUGGGGAAUAUGACAUCAAAGUGGAGCAGGCUGAGUUCUCAGAGAUCAACCUCGUCUCACAUUCAAACGGGACCUGUAAUGUGGACAUGCAGGUCAUCAGGGGCGGGACCAAAGUUGUCAGGUCAUUCAGGCCUGACUUUGUGUUGGUGCGCCAGCAUGCCUUCAGCAUGGCCCAAAACGAGGAUUUUAGGAACUUAAUCAUUGGUCUUCAGUAUGCUGGCAUUCCCUCAGUCAACUCUCUGGACUCCAUCUACAACCUCUGUGACAAACCUUGGGCUUUUUCCCAGCUGAUCAACAAUCAGAAGAGGUUGGGUUCAGAUAAGUUCCCGCUCAUUGAUCAGACCUUCUACCCCAACUACAGAGACAUGAUUACAACACCAAGCUUCCCAGUGGUGGUGAAGAUUGGACAUGCUCACUCUGGAAUGGGAAAGGUUAAGGUGGACAAUGUGAGCGACUUCCAGGACAUUGCAAGUGUGGUGGCCAUCACUCAGACUUACUGUACUACAGAGCCAUUCGUAGACGCCAAGUACGACAUCAGGGUCCAGAAAAUUGGCACGGACUACAAAGCCUACAUGCGAACAUCUAUCUCUGGUAAUUGGAAAAGCAACACUGGAUCUGCCAUGUUGGAACAAGUAGCCAUGACUGACAAGUUUAAACUGUGGGUCGAUACCUGCUCAGAGAUCUUUGGAGGACUGGAUAUCUGUGCUGUCAAAGCCAUAUGUGGCAAGGAUGGAAACGACUACAUUACAGAGGUUGUGGGUUCAUCUAUGCAGCUGAUUGGCGAUCACCAGGCAGAGGACCGCCAGCUCAUUUCAGAGGUGGUGCUGGCUAAGAUGAACCAAGCACUGGCCUCCAGGUCAUCUAGCGUUUCCCGCUCACCAACGCGCUCCCCUCAAAGCCAAAAGCCAGCUACUGUGCAGCCCCAACAGACUGCUGCCCCUAAGGAAGGACUGGCUGAUCCUAACAGGACUUCAAGCCAACGUCCUCAACCUCAAGGUGCACCAGUGAAAGCGCAGAGUGUGGACACAUCAUCAGAAUCAGCUAAGAGAGCAUCUGAACCAGUACCAAAGCCCAGCCAGGCUCAGAGACCUGGUCCAGGUCCAGCUCAGAAACCAGUUCAGGCUCAGAAACCAAGCCCAGUGCAGAAAGCUGCCUCAGUCACAAAACCACCAGUACCGAGGCCUCCACCAAUGAUGAGAGCCCCGUCUGUCACAAAGCCAACCCCAGAUUCUGCUUCCACUUCAGCCCCAGCCAAAGCUUCACCAUCAUCCCCUGCAAAAGUACCGGCAGCUGCAGCUCCAGGCUCUCCACCAACCAAAACAGCAGCCGCAGUUUCUGGCCCCGCUGCAGCCUCAGCUGCAGCUCAGGCUUCUCCCCCAGCCUCUCCUCCAACCACAGAGCAGCCCAAGCCCCAGCCUCAAGGCUCCCCAUCCCCAGCACCUGGCAAACCAAAAGAUCUUCCCCCCAAACCCACACCACCUGCAAAACCCAUUCCUCCUAUGCGCAGAAAUUCCAAACCACAGCUCCAGCCUAAGCCACAAACCGCACCUCCUCCGAAAGCUUCGCCCACACCCCAGCCCACUGCCCAAGCACCAGCUCAGUCUUCAGAUACAGCCUCGGUCUCUGCCCCAGCACAGGUUCCGUCCCCAGCCAAAGCCAGUCAGGUCCAACAUAACAUCCAGUCUCCAGCUAAGGCUCCAGUUCAAGUUAAGCCAGCUGCUGCUUCCCCGAACCCUGAGCCAGUCCCAGCUGAAGCAGCCGCAGCACCGGCUGAGGCCGAGGCAACAGUGGAAGAACAAUCGCAGCAAAAGACUCACCCUCUUCUGAAUAAAUCCCAGUCCCUGACCAAUGCCUUCAACGCCUUCAGCGACUCUUCUUUCUUCCGCGGGGUCUCAAGCUCCGGAGGCGAAGGCCAGGAGGAGGCAAAGGCCGAGACCAUUCGUAACCUUCGAAAGUCUUUCGCCAGCCUUUUCUCUGACUAGACACACCCUCCAUUUACCAUUGGCCAGUGAUGACUUGAUUGACAUUAAAUGUGAACCAGUCUGAGAUUAAAGUUUGUGUGUUAACUGUACUGUAUUCCCUCUGUCCCGGUCCCUCUUCUGCACCACUUUUAGCUUUCCUGUGUGAGUAACAGUGAGGCCUGCUGGGUAGGAUGUUCCGUGAAUGAACCCAGACUAAUAGGUCUGAAGGAGUUAAGUCAUUGAUAUAGAAUAUAUUAUGAUAUAGUAGAAAGAAUAGAAUAAAAAAUUAUUUUUUCCCAGCGCACACAAAGGAACAGAGUCUAAGGUAUAAUGAAAGUAUAAUAUUAAAGACUACAGAUGGAAUGUACAUAAGUUUAUAUACGGUAUAUAAAUGCAGUAUAAACACAACUAUAAUGGGAGAGAAGCCAAUAAUAAUAAAAAAAGAAAUCAGCAGCACUUUUUGAUUAGCUUUGCAGUCAGUGACAUAACUCUUUCAUUCAGUAGCUGGAUUUAUACAAAUGUUAAUGUUCAGAUAUGACAUUUGGUUUCUCCUACAUUUGAUGGUUUCCAGUGAAUCAUUGUUGGUCAGCAAGUCAGUAAAAAGGGAAGAAGAAAAAAAAAGAGAUACUUCUUUAAAAGAUUUGUUCCUGUCUGUGUAAAUCCAGCCGUUGUGUCUCUCUGGUCCUUGGCUACCGACUACUGGGCUCGUCAUUGCUGCCCCUUUUUGUCUAUAAGCCUUGAAGUUCAUUUAUGUGUGCGUGUGUUUUAGGGGGGAGGGGGGGAUAUCUGUAUGUUCAUUUGUGUUCACUUGUUGUGCAUGGCUCCUCCAAGUGUGUGACUUUUUGGAGCAAGUGAGAGCUCUAUCAGUGUUAGACUUUGCCCUCCGUUGCCUCUCUCUCUCUCUCUCUCUCUAGAUGUUGUAGCCUUAUUGUGAACAUGUUUUCAAUUCACAGCUAUGUGUGUUAGCUGUGCAGACCUGGGUCAAUUGCAUAUUAAAAUGCAUUCAUUCACUAUGAAGCUUUGAGCAUUGGAAUCAGCGUGCCGCUGCUGUUUAGGAGGAGCACGGCUGGCGAGUAAAUGAAUGCAUUUCACGUGGUAACUCAUGUCUGUAGUUGUGACUGGUGAUUUCUUGUUUCACCUCUGUGUAGAUCUAUCAACAGUAUUGUACUUUGUUGAUUAUUCUCAUGAAAAGACAUUGAGACAGUAGUGCAAUAACACCUCGACAUGACUGUUGAGUGCUGUCACCCUAUUAUAUUAUCAUACAUACGGGAUCUGUGUAUGUGUUGAAUACCUUACUCUUACAUUCCCUUUAAGAUUUCUUUCCAUGGUGACUCUCCAGGUUGCUCUUUACGUGCAGUCAGCAUCUGAUCUGAGUACUAUCACAACUGUUGGUGUUUCGUCCUUAGCCUUGUAUGUAUAGGUGCAAUGAAUUUUACGCAGCCUGGAUUGAACCCUCUACCUUCACCGGUCAUUUUUGGUUCAGUUGUUGCAUUUCAAGAACGUACGCGUAAAAACAAAUCCUACGACCUGCAUAUCAACCUGUCGGCUUAUCCAUUUCCAUGACUAUGUUGCAAGUAAACUUUGACAUAUUGUAUUUGUCAGAAGUUUAUUUAUUUUUUUGUAAUAUAUUUAUUUAUUUUUGAGGUUCCAUAUUUAUGGUAAAGUAUAAAAUGUUUGUUUUAUAUUGUGUUUUUAUUUGUAAUGCAAUCCUGCUUUGCAUGAUCUGGUGACUGGUUUUUUUUUCUGUACAGAUAAAAGUUAAUAAAGAUGUGGUUCCAUCAUCCCACUGAUUCACUGAGA